UCCAUAAAUGUUGAAGAGAGCUCUCGUAGGCGCCGUCGGUGUUGCAGCCGCUUUCCGGCGCCCCCGUCUGUCGGGAACUCGGCACGCUGGAACCCUUUCCUCCGCCGUGAAUUCCAUGCUUCUCCGCUCGCUUAAGGAGCACUAUCUUGAAGUGGCCAAAAUGACCAUGCCUCCUAAAGUAGCUCCUCCUGAUGGGUUCUCUAUUGUGAAAGGUGCGCUUGAUUCUGAUGGUCCAGUCCUCAAACGAAAAUAUGGCGAUGAAGAAAUCAGCAUCUACGUAACACGAUUGCUUAGUGGAAUGGACGACGAGAAUAGUGGGAUUGAUCAGAUGUUCCUUCAUGUGGAUGUAUCCAAACCCGCUCAGUGCGAAUCAUUGAUUUUCUUGUGUGGACUGUACGAAGAUGCUUUGGGAAUUCAUUCUGUUUCAAUGAGGCCAAAGGACCCGAAGACUGGUUACCUUGUUAUUCCAACUCACUAUAUUGGGCCUAAUUUUGAAGAACUUGAUGAAAGGACGAGGGAUGCAUUUCACAAUUACAUAGAGGAGCGAGGAGUAAAUGAGAGCCUCUUCAAAUUUCUGCAGGCAUGGCUCUAUGUGAAGGAUCAUCGAAAUCUAAUGCGAUGGUUCAAAACACUGGGUAUAUUCAUUGAUGGAGGAAAGAAGCAAGCUGAAAAUGCUUAAUCGUCUCUGAUGGAAUUAUUUGUGAUGCAACAAUGCCCUAUGCUUCAUGAGUAUUGAGUAAAGAAUUUAGAAAUAUAAUAGCGUUCUACGAUAAUUCUGGUGCGUGCAAUAAUUCUAAUAUUGGGUUUGCUCUCCCUUUUGAAAUUUUUGGCUUGCUUUUAGAUUAGAAUAGCUCAUGUACACACUCUUGUUACUCACAAUAUUACUCCUUUCGGUCUUAUUUGCUAGUAGUCACGUCACGUUUUAAAAGAUUUUCUUGGCCCUUAA